UCCUACACAACCGCUACCAUGGCCGGUCCUAACAAGUCCCUGAUCCUUGACCCGGCCCUCCAGAAAUACUACGAGGUCAACGCAAACCGCUAUAAAUACUUCCGCUGGACCCCGCGCCAUGCCUGGUUCUCAUUCCUCUACAUGGCUUUGAUCCCCGGAACGCUGGGCUACAUUGCCUACAACACUGAGGGCAAGUACGAUUUCCGUGGGAAGAGGAGAGGAGAUACGAUUGAAGAAUUUUGAUUUGUCGUUGUUUUGCGGUCGAUCGGCCUGAGGGUGGAUGAAAAUGAAGGGUUUGUCGAUUAUGACGACACCCAUCGCUAGAUGUGUAUUUAUUACGGAAUAUACCGCCUGUUAUUUCUUUUCCUUCUUGGUACUUGGUUGAAUUGUAGGCGAAGAGUUUGGGCUGUGCGUUUGCGGUACUUCCAGUGUAGGUGGAAUUUGUUGUGUAGGAUAUGUGCAGAGAGAGAGAUAUAUAUAUAUCUGGGGUAAGAUAUGUCUCCAAGUUUAAGCAUUACAUUACACCUUCAGAAGUGAAGAGCCUUGAGCCAUAGAUCAGACAACAGUUAUAUUUCAGUACCGGGUAUCC